CCGAUCAUCUAUAAUUAAGGUGCGUUCACGCGGUCUCGUGCCUCUGGUUCGGAAUUCGGGUCAUUUUCGUGCAUUUCCAACUCAUUAUCGAAUCAAUGUACCUACUUCAGGACGCAUAACAUAUCAGAGAAAAAGUAACGAAAAACAACUUAAUCGGUUCGAAACGAUAAUAAACGAUAAUACUUAAAAUAGCACGGGGGUCUUCGAAGGAACAAUCACCGGUGGAAUCUAUUUUGAUUCGAAGUUGCGAUUUGGCGGAGAAAUUGCUGGCGGGUCACAUCUUGACAUUUGAGUGGAGCGACUCGGAUAAAGUCCACAAAGUGAUCAAUAGAGGAGCCUACUAAGUGCGGCGUGGUCAAGAUUGUCCAAAAGACAUGUAAUUCUAAACCUUGGUUGGCGAUCGUCGUGAAGUCCACACGAUUCUAAUUGCAUAAAUGGUCAGCUUUUACGAUGGUCAUUCGUCAGAAGCACUGAUAAAGGAAAGAGAGGAAGCAUGUGAAAAAGUGCCCCACAAUGUGACAGAGAGCCAAGUGCCGUUGUGUCCGAAAGAAUUCGACGGGUGGACAUGCAUUUCUGCUACUCCUGCGGGGCAUGUCGCACAGUUUCCCUGUCCCUAUUUCAUUUACGGAUUCGAUCCAAAACGGUUAGCUCAAAGGAUAUGUUUGGAUGAUGGCUCGUGGUUUAGACAUCCUGAUAGCAAUAAAACAUGGUCCAACUACACCACUUGUAUAGAUUUAGACGAUUAUAAGCUGAGGAAUCAAGUUAACCUCAUCUACAAAUCUGGCUACUGCGUGUCUAUAGUAGCACUGACUGUCUCUAUUGUCAUCUUUUUCUAUUUCAAAUCCUUGACAUGUACGAGGAUACAAAUCCACAAAAACCUCUUUAUCUCUCUGGCUGUGAAUAAUAUUUUGUGGUUGCUAUGGUACGAGGCAGUGGUGGAUAACUUGCCUGUCCUCAUGGCUAAUGGGCUCGGGUGCCAAAUACUCCAUAUAAUGGUGCAAUAUUUCCUCGUGGCCACAUAUUUCUGGAUGUUCUGCGAAGGCGUUUACUUGUAUACUCUUCUGGUGGUGACUUUUAUGACUGAGUCUCUGGUGAUGCCCAUUUUGUACAUCAUCGGAUGGGGCAUUCCCGCUGUCCUGGUCACACUCUACGCAUUUUUCAGAUCUUCCCUCCGCGAGGAGACUAUACAUUGUUGGAUCAAUGAAUCACUUUACUCGUGGACAUUGUCGGGACCUGUCUGUGCCUCUAUGAUAGCUAAUCUUAUAUUUUUGAUAAACAUAGUCCGUCUUCUUUUAACAAAACUACCAGCUGCUCAAAUUCAAAGUCCACAGUGUUCAGUUAAGGAGAGAAACGCUUCCUUCAGAUUCAGGAUGAGUAGAAGAAAUACGGUCUCCGGAGCCCCAGGAGUACCAUCCGGUCGUUUCAAGAAGGCCGUGAGAGCUACGUUUAUUCUGAUACCACUUCUGGGUCUCCAGUACAUCGUCAUGCCUUUUCGGCCCGAACAGGGCAACGCCUGGGAGCCGACGUACCAAAUCAUCUCUGCCUUGGUCACAUCAUGCCAAGGCCUCUGCGUGGCACUACUUUUCUGUUUCUGCAAUGGAGAGGUGACAACAGCGAUAGCAAAAAAGUGGCGUCAGUGUCAUAUUAGCAAAAAAAAGCCCUGGCAGUCGUGCUCGGCAGUCACAACUGUAUCGUUGAGCAGAUCAUCAGUCGUACACGAGAUGAGCGGAGCUCAGGCUUUGGAGACUUUUAAUCAGAUGAAUCAUUCGAAAAGUGGAACCCGCGGAAGAAAAGAUAAACGUGUGCAGAAGGACGUCCUGCCUCUGCAAAACCUUCAAAACAUCCAACUUUGACCUAUCAAACUGUUUUAAACGAUUCCCUUUCGAUUCUAAAUUUGCCAAAAUCACUCACGAAGUAUUAGUACCAAUGGACCACUAGACAAGGUACGAA